CACCAGGACUUCAGAUAACUCCACGAGCAUUGUGCUGUUGCUAAAUCAUCAACACGAGACCGUAAUGGCUUCAGUUUGAGGAGUUAACAGGCAAAGGAAAGGCGCUCGUGCAAUAACGAGAGGUAAAACGUCAAAAGGAUUGGUGGUCAUAUAGCCAUGCGCACGCUCGUGGCUGUGUUCGUUUGUGGCGUCCUGGCGGUGGUGUCUGCCCAGUACCAGGAGCCUGACCACGCCCACGGCUGUACGCAUAGCAGCUGUUACCCGGCAACCGGCGACCUGCUGGUGGGCCGCGAGAAGAACCUGAAGGCCUCGUCCACAUGCGGCACGCGCAAGAAGGACCCCUACUGCAUCGUCAGCCAUCUGCAGGAGGAGAAGAAGUGUUUCGUGUGUGACUCGCGGCGACCCUACGACCCCGUCUACAACACCAUCAGCCACCGCAUCGACAACGUCAUCACCACCUUCAAGCCGCACCGCAAGAAGUCCUGGUGGCAGUCCGAGAAUGGAAAGUCUGAUGUUUUCCUUCAGUUGGAUCUGGAGGCGGAGUUCCACUUCACCCAUCUCAUCAUGACUUUUAAGACAUUCCGUCCGGCCGCGAUGCUGAUUGAGCGCUCGGCGGAUUUCGGCCGCACCUGGCAGGUGUAUCGUUACUUCGCGUACGACUGUGCCGCCAUCUUCCCGGGGGUGUCCCAGGGUCCCCUGCGGCAGGUGAAUGAUGUCAUCUGCGAGUCACGCUACUCCGACAUCGAGCCGUCCACCGAGGGAGAGGUGAUCUUCAGAGUGCUGGAGCCUGCCAUCAGAAUUGAGGACCCCUACAGCCCCACCAUCCAAAACCAGCUGAAGAUCACCAACCUGCGUGUGAACUUCACCAAGCUGCACACCCUGGGGGACAACCUGCUGGACUCCCGCGUGGAGAUCAAGGAGAAGUACUACUACGCAAUAUACGAGCUGGUCGUCCGCGGCAACUGCUUCUGCUACGGUCACGCCUCUGAGUGCGCCCCCAUCGCUGGGAUCAAGGAUGACAUCGAAGGCAUGGUGCACGGGAGGUGUGUGUGCAACCACAACACCAAGGGCCUGAACUGUGAGCAGUGUGAUGACUUCCACAACGACCAGCCCUGGAGGCCGGCUGAAGGCCGCAACACCAACGCCUGCAAAAAAUGCAACUGUAAUGGCCACUCCUCCGAGUGCCAUUUUGACAUGGCCGUGUAUUUGGCCACGGGCAACGUCAGCGGAGGCGUCUGUGACAACUGCCUGCACAACACCAUGGGCCGCAACUGCGAGACCUGCAAACCCUUCUACUACAAGGACCCCACCAAAGAUAUCAGGCACCCGUCAGUCUGUGUGGCCUGCGACUGUGACCCCGAGGGCUCUCUAAACGGGGGCAUGUGUGACAGCCAUGACGACCCGUCCCAGCGCAUGGUGGCGGGCCAGUGCACCUGCAAGGAGCACGUGGAGGGCCCGCGCUGCGACAAGUGCAAAAUCGGCUACUACGGUCUGAGUGCCGACAACCCACAAGGAUGUCAACGGUGCACUUGUGACCCGCGGGGCACCGUGUCGGGGCGGGAGCAGUGUGACCCUGUGAGUGGGGACUGCUUCUGCAAACGCCUGGUCACCGGACGCAGCUGUGACCAGUGUCUGCCGGAGCACUGGGCUCUGAGCCAUGACUCUAACGGGUGCCGCGGCUGUGACUGUGACAUAGGAGGCGCCACUGACAACCAGUGUGUCACGGAGACGGGCCAGUGUCGAUGCCGCAGCCACAUGAUUGGCCGUCAGUGUAACCAGGUGGAGCCCGGCUUCUUCUUCAUGGCUCUGGACUACUACCUGUACGAGGCGGAGCUGGCCAAGCUGGGACAGGGCUGUGUGGUGGAGGAGCGGGAGCAUCAGCAGGGCCGCUCGGCCUCCUGGACGGGCACCGGCUUCGCUCGCGUCCCUGAGGGCAGCCAGCUGGAGUUCGCCAUCAACAACAUCCCCUACUCCAUGGAGUACGACCUGCUGAUUCGCUACGAGCUCCAGUUGCCGCGUGACUGGGAGGAGGUGCGUGUGACGGUGGUGCGCCCCGGCCCCAUCCCCACCAGUAGCCCCUGUGGCAACACCAUCCCUGCUGACGACCUGCUCUCAGCAUCCCUGCCCGCCGGCUCCAGGUUUCUGGUCCUGUCGCAGCCCAUUUGUCUUGAGAAAGGAGUGAGCUACACCCUCCGACUGGAGUUCGUCCGCUACGCUGACCGCAACAGCAUCUCCAGUGUAGCUAACCCGACCAUACUUGUCGAUUCAAUUGCACUGCUCCCUCGCUACUCGUCGAUGGAGAUGUUUAUCGCUGGCGACCCAGCCUCCAUCGCCAGGAAGCAGAGCUAUGAGCGAUACCGUUGCCAUGAUACCGCUAAAGGCGUGUCUAGGCCCCAGAUCAGCGACGUGUGCGCAAAACUCAUCACCAGCAUGUCCGCCAUCAUCAACGAAGGAGCCCUGCCAUGCCAGUGCGACCCUCAGGGCUCCGUCAGCUCUCAGUGUGACACGCGCGGAGGUCAGUGCCGCUGCCGGCCCAACGUGAUUGGACGCCGCUGUGACCAGUGUGCCCCCGGCACCUACGGAUUCGGACCCUCGGGCUGCAAAGUGUGUGAGUGCAGUGCCGAGGGCUCCCAGACGCGUUUCUGUGACCGCAUCACGGGCAAGUGCUCGUGCCGCUCAGGUGCCUUCGGUCCGCGCUGCGACGGCUGCCAGCCGGGCCACUGGGGCUUCCCCAACUGCAAGCCCUGCCAGUGCAACGGCCUGGCGGACCAGUGCCACCAGAAGACCGGAGCAUGCCUCAACUGCAGGGCCAACGCCGCCGGGCAUUUCUGCGACAAAUGUGACAAUGGUUACUAUGGUAACCCCUUACUGGGCGCUGGUAGCCAGUGCCGCCCCUGCCCUUGUCCGGAGGGACCCGGCGGCAGCCGCCAUUUUGCAGCUUCCUGCCACCAGGACCCGCGCAGCAGACAGGUGGUCUGCAACUGCAAUCAGGGAUUCACUGGUAUUGUUAAGCGCUCUGAAGGAUCCCUCCUCAAGCGCCCUCGCUGUGAGGAGUGUGCCCCUGGUUACUAUGGCAACCCCUCUCAGCCGGGCGGGCGUUGCCAGGCGUGCCGCUGCAACAACAACAUCGACCUGUCGGAUCCCAACUCCUGCGACCAGCGCACGGGCCAGUGCAAGAGGUGUCUCUAUAACACCGAGGGGCCGGAGUGCGGCCAGUGCAAGACCGGCUACUACGGAGACGCCUCUCGCAGAAACUGCAGGAAGUGCACGUGUAACUUCCUGGGCACGGCGCGUAACCAGUGUUCCAAGAAGGACGAGUGUUCGUGCCAGCGUGCCUCCGGGCAGUGCCAGUGUCUGCCCAAUGUGGUGGGCCUCACCUGCGACCACUGUGCCCCCAACUUCUGGAACCUGGCCAGCGGGCGCGGCUGUGACGCCUGCGGAUGUGACCCCAACAAUGCCUACACCUCGGCCUGCAACGAGUUCACGGGCCAGUGUCAGUGUCGUGAGGGCUUUGGAGGGAAGACGUGCCGCGACUGCAUGGAGAACUUCUGGGGAGACCCCAGAGUGCAGUGCAGAGCGUGCGACUGUGACCCUCGCGGCAUCGAGACGUCCCAGUGCAACCGUGUGACGGGCCACUGCGUCUGCCAGCAGGGGGUGUCGGGGGUGCGCUGCGACCAGUGUGCCCGCGGCUUCUCCGGCACCUUCCCCAACUGCCAGCCCUGCCACCAGUGCUUCGGGGACUGGGACCGCAUCGUCCAGGACCUGGGGGCCAGAACCAAGUCCCUGACGGACCGGGCCAAGGAGAUCAAGGCCACGGGCCUGACCGGACCGUACGAGAAACGCUUCCGCGAGCUGGAGGACAUGCUGGCGCAGGCGCGGAAGAUCGUCGUCGCCCGCAACGCCACCGCGGAGGCCGUCACCACCCUGAUGGGCAUGAUUGAGGACCUGAGAUCCCGCAUUGGCGAAACCACAGACACGCUGAACCGUCUGGAGGGAGACCUGACCAACGUGCAGGACAACAACUACGAGGCCAGCAACGAGCUGAGCAACCUGGAGAGGGAGGCCAAGGAGCUCAACCUCACCUGCGGCGACCUCAACCGCCAGCUGGACAUCCUCAAGAACUCCAACUUCCUCGGUGCGUAUGACAGCAUCCGCAACUCCCACAACAAGUCUAGAGAUGCGGAGCGCCGUGCCAACCAGGCCACCACAGACCACCCCAGCACCGUCAGCCAAUCAGCCGCCACCAGGCGCAAGACCGAGCGCCUCAUCGCUGACAAGAAGGAUGACUUUAACCGCAAGAACGCUGCCAACAAGCGAGCUCUGCAGGACCUCAAUGCCAAGACACAGAAUCUGGACAUGAAGAAACUCAAUGAGAAGGUGUGUGGGGCCCCAGGUGACCUCCCCUGCGACGAGAGCCCCUGUGGUGGAGCUGGUUGUCGUGACGACGAGGGCAAUCGCCUGUGCGGAGGCCUGAACUGCAACGGUGCUGCGGCCAAGGCGGGCGAUGCCCUGGACAAAUCCAAACACGCCGAGAACGAGCUGAACAGAGCCAUGGCUGAGGUGGAGGAACUCUUCCAGAAGGUGGCAGAUGCCAAGUCCAAGGCGGAGGAGGCGAAGGAUAAGGCCCAGGCAGCGCUGGAGAAAGCCAACGACACCAAGAACAAGGUGGAGCGCUCCAACGAUGACCUCCGCGACCUCAUCAAGCAAAUACGGGACUUCCUCACUCAGGAAGGUGCUGACCCUGACAGCAUCGAGACGGUGGCUAACCGUGUUCUGGAGCUGUCCAUCCCCGCCUCCCCACAGCAGAUCCGCCACCUGGCCGAGGAGAUCAAGGACCGUGUGAAGAGCCUGUCCAACGUGGACGCCAUCUUGGAGCAAACACAGGACGAUGUGCGGAAAGCAGAGCAGCUGCUUCAGAAUGCCAAGAGAGUCAGAAAUCGCGCAGAGGGAGCAAAGAAUGCAGCUGACACAGUGCAGAAAGCACUAGAGGACGCACGCAAGGCACAGGACGCUGCAGAGAAGGCCAUCAGUAAGGCCAGCGAAGACAUUGGACAGACCAAAAACUGGCUUGCUCAGAUUGAGUCUGAGACCACGGCUAGCGAGCAGGAUCUGAAUGAUGCCAUGGACCGGCUGGGAUCCCUCGGUCAGGAGCUUAUGGCCCUGAAGGCCAAACGGGCCAACAACAGCCUGGCAGCAGCCCAAGCAGAGGAGACUGCCACCAUGGCACGCGACAAGGCCAAUGAGGCCAAGCAGAUUCUGGAUGGAGAGCUGACAGAUAAGUACCGCACAGUACAAGAUCUGGUGGACAAUAAAGCCAAAAAGGUAUCAGACUCCAAGCAGAAGGCCGAGCGCCUGAGAGACGAGGCGAAGGAGCUACUAAGGGACGCCCAGAGCAAGCUGCAGAGACUGGCAGAGCUCGAGAAAGACUAUGAGAGAAAUCAGAAAAUUUUAGAAGGUAAAGCCCAGCAACUGGAUGGCCUCGAGGACAAAAUGAAGGGCAUCUUGAAUGACAUCAACAAACAAAUCCAGAUCUACAACACCUGCCAGUAAAUGGACGUUACGUUAGCCACCCUACAUACUGCAAUCUGCAGUUUAUCAGCACUACUGAAUCAUCUCCGAGGACAGGUGUCAUCGUGCCGUGCCGUGCCAGCCUUUCUCACAUGUUCACUUCAGACGACCAAUGGGAACUGCCUCAAAAACUCAAGUCAUCAUGAAUAAACAAUCCUUUGUCACAACUGUUACGUUUGCUCUCACACCAAAGGAUGAAUGAAAGUGCCUAUUUUUCUAAUACAGAACAGAUGUAACGCAGUAUCAUUUACUUUCAUGAUAGAAAAAGUAUGUAUACUUGUACAUGUUGGUGCAAUUAGUGUAAAUACAUCACGUAAAACUGUGUGAUUGUUAUUUAAUGAAUCAGAGAAAGAGUUAUCAAAUACUGUAAGUCAUUUGCGUGUAAACAGAUUUUUACCUUUACAUAUGUUUUGGGUUCUUUGAAUUAUCACUUGAAAAUUACAUUAUUAGUCUGUGACAUUGUGAGCAUUGUGCAUGGAUUACCUGUUUGAAUGUAUAUUCAUUAAAGAAUAAAUGAGAAGGAGAAAACAUGUAAUCAAGGAA